GACAAAGACGUCAUCUUUAAGGCUGACCACAAAACAAACAAAGUUGGCUCCUUUCCCCAAAGUAGAGGAUUUAUCAUUGAUGGGGUUUUCAUCUUUUCGAGAGUUCUUUCUUUUUAUCCCCUUUUGUUUAAUGCCAUUCGCUGCAAACAACAGUCUUCUCUUUUUAUACAACACCCCACUGUUGAGUGGUGAGUCAGUCUUCUCCCCAACCAAAGGAAACCUCAGUACCCUUCUUUCUCUCAAAACAUGGCCAAUCUCAGCUGGGGGAUUGGCUGGCUCAAAACCUUCAUUGUUGCAGUUAGCCUUUAUGCUGCUGUUGUUGCUGCAAAUUUUGGGGACUCAGCUGCCCAGAGGCAGCUAGACAAGGUUUUGGAGCUACCAGGUCAAGACUUCGAUGUCAGCUUCGCCCAAUAUUCUGGGUAUGUUACAGUGAAUGAGAAGGCUGGGAGGGCUUUAUUCUACUGGUUCUUUGAAGCUGUUGAGGAUCCUGAGUCCAAGCCUCUCAUACUCUGGCUCAAUGGAGGACCUGGGUGUUCCUCCAUUGCUUAUGGUCUGGCUGAAGAAAUUGGCCCAUUUCAUGUGAAGCCUGAUGGUGCCUCACUUUAUCUCAACCCUUACUCCUGGAAUCAAGCUGCCAACAUUCUGUUCCUUGAUUCUCCUGCUGGAGUGGGUUACUCAUAUUCAAACACAUCCUCAGAUAUGGUGACAAGUGGAGAUAAAAGGACUGCUGAGGACUCCCUAGAGUUUCUGAUCAACUGGUUUGAGCGCUUCCCAGAGUAUAAAGGAAGGGACUUUUACAUUACAGGAGAGAGCUAUGCUGGGCAUUAUGUUCCUCAGCUAAGCCAAGCUGUUGUGUGGCAUAACAAAGCCACUAAGUCCCAGACAAUUAACCUUAAGGGAUAUAUGGUGGGAAAUGCUUUGACAGAUGAUUACCACGACCAUUUGGGGGUCUUCCAGUUCUUAUGGGCAGCUGGAAUGAUCUCUGAUCAGACCUACAAGCAACUCAAUGAUGCUUGUGAUUCCGUUUCCUUCAUCCACUCGUCACAUGCUUGUAAUCGAUAUCUUGAUAUUGCGGAUCAAGAAGUCGGACACAUUGAUCCUUACAGUGCCUUCACCCCUCCCUGCACUCCCAAUAUCAGCCAGUCCAACCAGCUGCUCAAAAGAAGGCGCGUAAUUGGCACUGUUAGAGAGAGAUAUGACCCUUGCACAGAGAAGCACUCUACUGCUUAUUUCAACCUGCGAGAGGUUCAGGAGGCUCUCCAUGUUCCAUCUGCACUUGCACCAUCCAAAUGGGAGACUUGCAAUAACUUGAUAAAUGAGCAUUGGAAGGAUUCUCCAAGUUCAGUGCUUGAUGUCUAUAAGGAGCUCAUCCAAGCAGGGCUUCGCAUAUGGAUGUUCAGGUACUUCAAGAUUCUGUUUUUCAUCCCUGUCACAUCCACCCGGUACACCAUCGAUGCUCUUAAGCUUCCAACGGUGAAACCUUGGCGCGCUUGGUAUGACGAUGGAGAGGUUGGAGGAUGGACUCAAGAAUAUGAUGGACUUACAUUUGUUGCUGUUCGUGGAGCUGGCCAUGAAGUCCCCCUGCACAGACCAAAACUAGCCCUCACGUUGGCCAAGUCUUUCUUAGCUGGAUCGUCGAUGCCGGCAGCUGCUUCUCUUGAACUGGUCAGUGAUUCUUGAAGUCUUGGAAACGAUUCAUCGGGAAAUGGCAGAACAAAUUGUUUCCCAGCACUUCAUUCCUGAAGUCACACAGAUUUGGACACUAGAGAGGAUGUCAUUUACUCACGAAUUAUGUACUUGAACUAGAAAUAAGAAGUUUAACAGAACUUUUCCUUAUCUGUUGCGGAUUGGUAUGCUGCAAUUAAUUCUAGGGCCGGGUAUCAAUUGGCUAAAUCGAAACUGGAUCGACUUUAAACGUCUAGAUCGAGUCGGACUAGAUUGUUCCUCUUAUAACAACGAAAAGGAUCGAAGUACAUUGCAGCCACAGUAAGCAAAGCUACUGAAGAGGUGAACACUACAACAAAUCUCUAUAUGGAGGACUAAACUCUACAGUAACCGAACUUCCUUUCGAACAAGCGCCGCAAAAGAUAAAAUUGUAGGCAACUCGAUCCAACAAGUGCAACUGAUUCGAACAUCGCCUUAUGAGUUGCUCUUCGGUUCAAGUCAUUGUUCACUCUUGCUUGGCGUUCUGUUUCGGCCUCAAGCCAGUGUUGUUCAAACUGAAUGUUGUAGAGCGCCUCCUCGAGUUUGGUUAUCUCCUCCAUCAACGGCCAGAAAUGCUCAUUUCUGGCAUGUUCGUCAUGGAAAGUGAAGUGAGAGACAUGGACGUCGAAAUCAAUGGUUUCAUGAUAAGGAGACUUGUUGGUGAAACAGAAACGGUAAACCCCUGUGUAGUAAACCACAAACUCAUACUUCUCACUUGUCUUGUCUUUCAUUUCGUGGACGACAAUUCCAGGUGGUGCUGUUAUAUUGAAAUCAACGCCCUCCUGGGUGUAAUCCCAGACGGAAUCAGAUUUGAUGACGACGAAUGAGACGUGGAUCGUAUCCGCCUGGUCGACGUUGUGAGCGAAGCAUUCUUCUCUGUCGAUCACGAACCGCAGCCCGUUUGCCGUCUUCGAUCCCCAUAGUAAAAUUGUUGUUAGUACUAUGGCGACGGUGGUGAGAUGUCUGAAUGUUGAAGCCCAUCGAAUCGUCGCCAUCUGAUCUCUCGCCUGAAAAAUGUGAAUUUAAUUAGAUUGAAACAGAGAGAGUGUAUCUUGUGUGAG